AUGUCCAAACGACCAUCUGGGGCGUCUUCAGACCCAUCUAUUCAAAGUUCUACCAAGGAUGAAGGGCGCGACAAAUUGCUUGCCAUGCUGAAUUCUCAUGGCCAAUCUUUUAUGAACUCAUUUGAGUUCCCAGUAGCGAAGCCUAAAACAUCCAAAACCUCCAAAAAGAAGAGAAAUUUCAAGUCAGAAACGCAGGAAGCAGAGUGCAUUAAGCUGGAUGAUAAGCUUGAGAUACACAGCACAAAAGCAGCAAGUGCUGACAUAGUUCCCAGUGCCUCUACUUCUAAAGCACCUGACGUGGUGGUUUUUGAUGCACGAGCUGGAACCUCAUCUCAGCCGGUAGUUCGAGGCAAGGGCAAAGGAUUUAUGUCGUCCAAAAUCACCCACGUCCAAUCGGAGUCGCAGCCCAAAUCAUCUCAACCCAAGGACAGCGAUGAGGAUUCUGACGGAGAACAUUCCAAUAGCAAAAACGAUAAACUGCUCCAUGAGCUUGUGCACUCUCAGCUUCUGAGUAACCCGCAUGCGUAUGAUGCAAAGCAGGGAUCUGCUCAGCGGUCCCGGACCGUUGCAGGGCGACUGCUCGAGCUUGCCAACGAUGCAAAAAUUGGCCGAGGUACUGAUACUCUCAAGACGAAGGAGAACUCGCACCAUGCGAAACGCGUGCGGUUGGGGCUAUUGGAUAAGGCAAAGCAGCGUGAAGCUAAGGCGCUCGAAGAGGCAAAAACAUUGGGUAACUACCACCCAUCGAUCAAGAAGAACUUUGAUGCUCCUAGUUCAGGAGGGGCUAAACGGAGGAGAGAACGAGGGCUGGCACUGGGGAUUGGGAAGUUCCGAAAUGGUGCAUUGACAUUGUCCAAGAAUGAUAUUAGGUCUGUGGAGGGCGCGCUGCCGAGUACUAUUUCGAAAAAAGGCAAAGGUAUAAACAAUCCGGAUUCUCCCACCAUGCGCAAAUUCGGGCUCCGUCGGGCGCUGAGCACCAAGCCCGUCCCCCGCCAAUCCGAUCCCGAGUUUGUCCAGGAGGACGUCGACGAACAUGGCCAUGUCAUCCCCGCCACUCGCCGACAGCCAGGACGGAAGAACUCGCUGCUGGGCCGUGUGUUCCGAAAGAAGACCAAGCAAUCAGACGAUAUACAUACUAUACAUUCAGGGGAGGGCAUAGCUGUCCAUCCCGCACCAAUGCACCCCACGCAUGCACAUGAGUAUGAGGGCCAGCAUAGCUUUGGCGGGGCUGGCUCUCAUCUCAUGGGUGAGCCGCCCAUAAUCGUCGAUCCCUCUGCUCGUGACCACUCGGUCCGUGGCCAUUCGGUACGCGACCACCACUCUGUUCGCGACCAUCACUCUGUGCGUGGUGACCACUCUGUCCAUGGCGGCACGGUCUACCGCGAUGAUAUCUCCAGGGGUGGCUACCCUAAUGAUUACGAAUCCACCGCUGGUGGCCAUCGGCGCGUAUACGAACACGAUUAUGGGCGUGACGACGGCUAUCCCGAGCAUGUUACCGUCAUGACUGGUUCCCCACGCCAUAGCCAUGCGACAUCCCCGCGCAGUUAUCACCAGGUCCCGGUAUCAGUUCCGGGCACUGUCAUUCACGAUGUGCAUGAUCGCCGUUCGAGCAGCUCUCGCAGCUCUCGCAGCGGCAGGACUGGUGUAAAGACCGUUCAUCAUCCACAACCGGGAGAAGUUGAAGUCAAUCUGCAGCCUGGUGAGAAGCAGGAAUUUGUGAUUGGCCCCAAUACACAGCUCAUUGUCCCCGAUGACGUUGAGCUCGAGAUAAGCGACGGUAAAGGAGGUUGGAUGCCUUACCACGAAUCGCUUCUUCGUAGGCCUCCUCGCGAAGAAGUAUACGUCAUCUCUGGCGGAUCUAACUUCAUAGUCGAGGAUGAGAUGGGGAAUAUAUUGCACAGAUCACAACCUUCAACUUACUCAGCAGCUCCCGUGUCUACUGCCGGAUCAGUUGCAGGUCGCUCUACUCGAAGCAGACGAGAUUAUGGGCCGGUUUAUGUGGAUGGUUAA